AUGCUGCUCCUGUUGCUCGGCAUCAUCAUCCUCCACGUCGUUGUGCUGGUGCUACUGUUCGUGUCCACGAUCGUCAGCCAAUGGCUCCAGGGUCACGGAUAUGCGACUGACCUCUGGCAGAACUGUACCACUUCUUCUAUGAGCACCGUCCACCACUGCUUCUCAUCAUCGCCAAACGAAUGGCUGCAGUCCGUCCAGGCCACCAUGAUCCUGUCCAUCAUCUUCAGUGUUCUGUCCCUGUUCCUCUUCUUCUGCCAGCUCUUCACCCUCACCAAGGGGGGCCGAUUUUACAUCACUGGGAUCUUCCAAAUUCUUGCUGGUCUGUGUGUGAUGAGCGCAGCAUCCAUCUUCACAGUGAGGCACCCGGAAUGGCACCUUGGUACCGACUACUCAUAUGGCUUCGCCUACAUCCUGGCCUGGGUCGCCUUCCCCUUGGCUCUGCUCAGUGGCAUGAUCUGUGUGAUCUUACGGAAACGUGAAUGA